ACUGCCGUAAAGCACCGCCCCCAACCCCGCCGCGCGCAUCGCGCCGCCGUAAAGCGCGGCGGAAGAUGGCGGCGGUGACGGUGUGGGAGCCGCGGGCCGUGCCAGGCCCCGCCGGGCCGCAGCGGGAAUGGACGGCGGAGCCCGUCAGCACCGGCACCACCAUCAUGGCCGUGGAGUUUGACGGAGGUGUCGUCAUAGGGGCUGACUCCCGAACCACCACCGGGGCCUACAUCGCCAACCGCGUGACGGACAAACUGACCCCCGUCCACGACCGCAUCUUCUGCUGCCGCUCGGGCUCGGCGGCCGACACGCAGGCGGUGGCCGACGCCGUGGCCUACCAGCUGGCCUUCCACAGCGUGGAGCUGGAGGAGCCGCCGCGGGUGCGCACGGCCGCGCGCCUCUUCCAGCAGAGCUGCUACCGCUACCGCGAGGAGCUCAGCGCCGGCAUCAUCGUGGCUGGCUGGGACCCGCGCCGGGGGGGACAGGUGUACGUGGUGCCGAUGGGGGGGCUCCUCCUGCGCCAGCCCUUCGCUGUGGGGGGCUCAGGCAGCUCCUACAUCUACGGAUUCCUGGAUGCCACGUUCCAGCCUGGGAUGAGCCGCUCCCAGUGCCAGGAAUUCGUCGCCCGUGCUCUGGCCCUGGCCAUGGUGCGGGACGGCUCCAGCGGGGGUGUCAUCAGGCUGGCAGCCAUCACGGAGGAGGGGGUGGAACGGACAGUCCUGGCCGGCUCUGACCUGCCCUGGGGUGAUGGUGGCCCCCCCGUGUGAGGGGGAGCCCCCCCAGGAGUCCCCACUUUGGCGGGGGAGACAAUGAAUGGCUCUGCUGGAUGUCCCUGGGCUCUGCCUUUGCAGCCCCCCCUGCUGUCACCCUGUCCCCGAGGGGGGCAAGGCCACAGCCACGGGGUGACAGUGACAGAGCCAGACCCCACCGCUGGUGUGACAGAGAUAAAGCGCCCCCCAACGUC